AUGACGGAAGUUAGGAGUUUAUUGGGGUUAGCCGGAUAUUACCGGAGAUUUAUCGAAGGAUUUUCCCGGAUUGCACUACCAAUGACCAAGUUGACAAGAAAAGAAGUGCCUUUUGUUUGGACGUCGGAGUGUGAAGAGCGUUUUCAAACUUUGAAGCAGAAGUUGACUUCAGCACCUAUUUUGAUCUUGCUAGAACCGCAUGAACCGUUUGAAGUAUACUGUGACGCUUCCUUGAAAGGUUUGGGUUGCAUGUUGAUGCAACACUGGAACGUGGUGGUUUACGUAUCGCGCCAGUUGAGACUGCAUGAGGUGAAUUAUCCAACUCAUGAUCUGAAAUUAGCCGCGAUUGUAUUUGCAUUGAAGAUCUGGAGGCACCACUUGUAUGGAACGAAUGUAGUGGCAGAUGCAUUAAGUCGAAAAUCCUUAACAAUAGCUUGGAUGAGGAUCAAGGAAGAGGAGUUAGUGGAUCUUAAGCUGGAUAUUGGAGAGGUGGCUGGGAGAGCUUGUUUGAACCAGUUACAGAUUUCGAGUACGUUUAAGACAGAGAUCCAAAGGGCUCAACAGGAUGAGCAAAAGCUUCAGCAAUUGUUCCAACCAGUUGGUGAGAAGAGACUUGGGGAAUUCACCAAAGAUGAUGAGGGGUUGUGGAGGUAUAAAUGGAGGAUUUGUAUACCAGAUAUUGGGAGUUUAAGACAGGACUUAUUGUCAGAAGCUCACAACAGUAAAUUUUCUAUUCAUUCCGGAAGCACGAAGAUGUAUUAUGACUUAAAGAAGAUGUUCUGGUGGCCGGGGAUGGAAGUGGCUUUGCCACCUCACCUAUCUAACCUACAUGACGUGUUCCACGUGUCACAACUUCGUAAGUACACGUUGGAUGCGGCUCAUGUGUUGGAACCUGAGACGGUCGAGUUGAGGGAAAAUUUGACUUUCCAAGUGACACCGGUUAGAAUUGACGACACCAGUGUAAAGAAGCUACGAGGAAAAGAAGUUCAGUUGGUUAAAGUUGCUUGGAAGCGAGCAGGAGUUGAAGAGCAUACUUGGGAAUUGGAAUCCGAGAUGCGGAAGGAUUAUCCCGAGCUUUUCUCAGACUUGAUAUUGGUUUUCCCUACCUGUAUAACAUGUCUAAUUGCUAAUUGUAUUAAUUGCUAUAUAUGCCUCUACUUGUGUUUUACUUGUAUUGUAUAUACCUGUGCUUUUACGGGGAUUACGGAGGUUCGGAAGGCGGUGGCGAUGGGGUCGCAUGGCGGGUCAGUUGGUGACAGCUGUGGGACAGCGGUGUUCGAUUAG